GCUGGGCUCCGCUGUAGUGAUCGCACUAUCAACCCCGUCUAACUGGACAGCCAGCAUCGUUUUGUCACCUAGAGACACAAACAGUUGAGUACCUUUGGGGAAGCCCACCCCCCCGAGUGGCCAGCAUGGGGGACGAUAGCGAGUGGAUGAAGCUUCCCGUUGACCAGAAAUGUGAACACAAGGUGUGGAAAGCUCGUCUGAGUGGUUAUGAAGAAGCUCUGAAGUUGUUCCAGAAGAUAGGAGAUGAGAAGAGUCCGGAGUGGGGGAAGUACCUGGGACUGAUAAAGAAGUUCGUCACUGACUCUAAUGCUGUGGCUCAGCUUAAAGGCCUGGAGGCUGCCCUGGCCUUCAUCGAGAAUGCCCAUGUAGCUGGAAAGACGACAGGUGAGGUGGUGUCGGGCGUGGUGACCAAAGUGUUCAACCAGCCGAAGGCCCGAGCUAAGGAGCUGGGCACAGACAUCUGUCUCAUGUACAUCGAGAUAGAGAAGGCUGAGGUGGUUCAAGACGAGCUCCUCAAAGGACUGGACAACAAGAACCCCAAGAUAGUGGUGGCCUGCAUUGAGACACUCAGGAAGGCUCUGAGUGAGUUUGGAUCUAAGAUCGUGACUUUGAAACCUGUAGUGAAGAUUUUAUCCAAGCAGUUUGAGUCCAGAGAGAAGGCGGUGAGAGAGGAAGCCAAGCUUCUUGCUGUAGAGAUCUAUAAAUGGAUCAGAGAUGCUCUGAGACCUCCACUGCAAAACAUUAACUCUGUACAGCUGAAGGAGCUAGAGGAGGAAUGGGUGAAGUUGCCUUCAUCUCCUCCCAAGCAAAGCCGGUUCUUGCGCUCACAGCAGGACCUGAAGGCAAAGUUUGAACAGCAACAAGCCCAAGGAGGAGAACAGUCUGAUGGGGAGGAUGAGGUGGAAACAGUGGCAGCAGUGGAUCCCUAUGAACUGCUGGAAGCUGUGGAGAUUCUGUCCAAGAUCCCCAAAGACUUCUAUGAGAAAAUAGAGGCUAAAAAGUGGCAGGAGAGGAAAGAAGCUCUGGAGGCUGUAGAGGUUCUGGCCAAGAACCCCAAACUAGAGAGUGGAGACUAUGGAGACCUUGUCAGAGCACUGAAGAAGGUUGUGGGGAAAGAUGCCAACGUGAUGCUGGUGUCAUUGGCAGCUAAAUGUCUGGCUGGGCUGGCCGCUGGUCUCAGGAAGAAGUUUGGGACAUAUGCAGGACAAGUGGUUCCAACUAUUCUAGAGAAGUUCAAGGAGAAGAAGCCUCAGGUUGUCCAGGCCCUGCAGGAGGCUAUUGAUGCCAUCUUCCUCACUACCACGCUCCAGAACCUGUCAGAGGACAUCCUGGCAGUGAUGGACAAUAAGAACCCCUCCAUUAAGCAGCAGGCCUCUCUGUUUCUGGCCCGCUCCUUCAGACAUUGCACACAGGCCACACUGCCCAAGAGCGUCCUCAAACCCCUCUGUGCAGCUCUCAUCAAGCAAGUGAAUGACUCUGCUCCAGAGGUGCGUGAUGCUGCUUUUGAAGCUUUGGGGACGGCCAUGAAAGUGGUGGGAGAGAAAGCUGUGAACCCUUUCCUGACUGACUUGGAUAAACUCAAGCUUGAUAAGAUAAAGGAGUGUGCUGAUAAAGUGGAGCUUCCUGGAGGGAAGAAGGGUGCAGGGGGAGGUAGUGGUGGUGGAGACAAGAAGCCAGCAGCCAAAGCUCCUCCUGCUGCUGAAGCUCCACCCAAGUCCUCUGCCCCAGCCAGGAAGACCCAAACUGCUGCCAGCAAGCAGUCAGCAGGUCCAUCUAAGAAAGGCAAACCAACCUCUGCAGCUGGUGGAAAAUCCAAGAAGACCCCCGACAGUAAAGAAGUCACAGAAAGUGAACUGUCUCCUGAGGUGUGUGAGGACCUGGCAGCGGGUGUACUUCCUGCUGCCUGCUUGCAGCAGCUGGACUCAGCCAACUGGAAGGAGAGACUGGCCAGUAUGGAGGAGUUCCAGAGGGCUGUUGAGACCAUGGAUAAGGCCGUAAUGCCCUGCCAGGCCUUAGUCAAGAUGUUGGCCAAGAAACCAGGCUGGAAGGAGACCAACUUCCAGGUGAUGCAGAUGAAGCUGCACAUUGUGGCUCUUAUAGCUGAGAGAGGACAGUUUUCAAAGACGUCAGCCUCUGUGGUUUUGGACGGCUUGGUGGAUAAGGUCGGAGACAUCAAAUGUGGUGGAAAUGCCAAAGAGGGACUGACUGCCAUUGGACAGGCCUGCUCACUACCAUGGACUGCAGAACAGGUUGUGUCUAUGGCGUUUGCACAGAAGAACCCCAAAAACCAGGCAGAGACUCUCAACUGGCUGUCUAAUGCCAUGAAGGAGUUUGGCUUUGCUGGUAUCAAUGUGAAGGGUUUCAUCAACAAUGUGAAGACGGCUCUGGGAGCGACUAACCCUGCUGUUCGGACGGCAGCAAUCACCCUGCUGGGAGUCAUGUACCUCUACAUGGGAGCUCCCCUGCGUAUGUUCUUUGAAGAUGAGAAGCCUGCCCUUCUCUCACAGAUUGAUGCUGAGUUUGAGAAGAUGCAGGGCCAGUCUCCACCAGCUCCAAUCCGAUUCACCAAGAAGGCGGCGGCAGCGGAGGAGGAUGGUGAUGAAGGAGAGGAGCAGGAAGAAGAUGGAGAAGGAGGACAUGACAUCAUGGACCUACUGCCCAGAACAGAUAUCAGUGACAAGAUCACAUCUGAACUGGUGUCUAAAAUUGAGGAUAAGAACUGGAAGAUCAGAAAGGAGGGUCUGGAUGAGGCUGCAGCCAUCAUCUCAGAGGCCAAGUUCAUCACAGCCAACAUUGGAGAGCUGCCUCUGGCCUUGAAAGGACGACUCUGCGAUUCCAACAAGAUCCUGGUCCAGCAGACCCUGACCAUCCUGCAGCAGCUGGCUACAGCCAUGGGACCUGGACUCAAGCAGCAUGUUAAAGCACUGGGAAUUCCUGUUAUCACUGUACUGGGAGACAGCAAGCUCAAUCUAAGGACGGCCGCCAUGACCACCCUGCAGGCCUGGGUGGAGCAGACUGGGAUGAAGGAGUGGCUGGAAGGAGAAGACCUGUCAGAGGAGAUGAAAAGAGAAAAUCCCUUCCUACGACAGGAGGUGCUAGGCUGGCUAGCAGAGAAGCUGCCCACCCUGAGGACGGUACCUGGGGAUCUGAUGCUGUGUGUCCCUCAGCUUUACACCUGCCUGGAGGACAGAAAUGGAGACGUGAGGAAGAAAGCUCAGGACGCCCUACCCACCUUCAUGAUGCACCUGGGCUACGACAAGAUGAUCAAGGCUACUGGGAAACUCAAACCUGCUUCUAAGGAUCAGGUGGUAGCCAUGUUGGAAAAGGCCAGGGCAGUGAUGCCGGCGAAACCUGCUGCUCCUGCUAAAACUGGAGGGGGAAAAGGCUCUGCAGAGCCAAGCAGGGCUGCUUCAGCCUCCAGGUCUCAGCCAGCUAGUGAUGACUUAGACAGUAAACCUGAAGUGAAGAAGGUUCGGGGAGGAGCGGCUGCUAAGAAGCCUCCCUCCCCUCCCGAGGAACCUGUCCCUCCCCCUCCCUCCAAGGACAAGGACAGUAAUGCUAGUAAAAAGGCCCCCAGCAAAGGGAAGGCUGCUGCUGGCAGUCAACAGGGUGCAGCUGGUAAGAAGCCUGUAGCCAAAAGCCAGAAGGAUGAGGAAGAUAAGUCCGGGCCAAUCUUCAUCCUCAUCCCCAAUGCUAAGGAACAGAGGAUUAAGGAGGAGAAGCAACUGAAGAUUUUGAAGUGGAACUUCAUCACUCCUCGAGAUGAAUAUGUGGAGCAGCUGAAAACUCAAAUGUCCACCUGCUUUGCUAAGUGGCUUCAGGAUGAGCUCUUUCACUUUGACUUCCAGAGACACGUCAAGGCUAUAGGAGUCAUGAUUGAGAGGUUGGAGAGUGAGAGCGAGGCCACCAUCAGCUGUCUGGACCUGAUUCUGAAGUGGUUCACCUUGCGGUUCUUUGACACCAACACCACAGUCCUGAUGAAGGUGCUGGAGUACCUAAAGCUUUUGUUUGGGAUGUUGAACAGAGAGAACUAUCACCUGACUGAAUACGAGGCCAACUCCUUCGCCCCCUACCUCAUACUCAAGGUUGGAGAGUCAAAGGAUGUGGUUCGCAAAGAUGUUCGGGCCAUACUCGCCAUGCUGUGUAAGGUUUACCCAGCAUCCAAGGUCUUCCCUUUCCUCAUGGAAGGAACCAAGUCCAAGAACUCCAAGCAGAGAGCUGAAUGUCUGGAGGAGUUGGGUUGUUUGAUAGAAGGCUAUGGGAUGAAUGUAUGCCAACCAACUCCAGCGAAGUCUCUGAAGGAGAUUGCCGUUCACAUAGGUGACAGAGACACAUCUGUCCGCAAUGCUGCCUUGAACACUGUGGUGGCUGUCUACAACGUCUGUGGGGACCAAGUGUACAAACUAAUAGGAAAUUUGUCAGAGAAAGACAUGAGCAUGCUUGAGGAGAGAAUCAAGCGUUCAGCCAAGAAGACUCCCGCAGCUCCCGCCAAGCAGAGUGCGACAGAGAGGCCUCAAAGAGAGCACCCAACGAACCCCAACGCCACCUUCCUUCGCAAGCCUGCACAGGAAGACCCCAACAAACUCAACCAAGCCCGUCAGAACGCCCAGCUCAGCGAGUCCUCCCAUCCGUCAAUCCCCAAGGAGUUCCAAUUAGACCUGGACAUGAUUGAAAUGGACCAGAGCAGAGUUUGUGAGCUGCCGGACCUCGUCCAGCACAAGCUGGAUGAGCUGCUGGAGCCCAUCAUGAUCCCCGAACCCAAGAUGCGCUCUGUCUCUCCACACUUUGAUGACCUGCACAACAGCACGGCCUCCACCAUCAACUUUGUCAUCUCUCAGGUGGCAAGUGGUGACAUCAACACCAGCAUACAGGCACUGGCACAGAUCGACGAGGUGUUGCGGCAGGAGGACAAAGCAGAAGUCAUGUCAGGACACAUCGAUCAGUUCCUCAUUGCUACCUUCAUGCAGCUGAGGCUCAUCUACAGCACACACAUGGCUGAUGACCGACUGGACAAAAAGGACAUCAUCAAACUGUACAGCUGCAUCAUAGGAAACAUGCUGUCUUUGUUCUCCAUGGAGUCCCUGGCCAGAGAGGCGUCUAUGGGUGUGUUGAAGGACCUUAUGCACGGUCUGAUAACACUGAUGCUGGAUGGCAGAGUGGAGGACAUAGAAGAUGGACAGCAGCUCAUCAGAUCAGUCAACCUGCUGGUGAUCAGAGUUCUGGAAAAAUCUGACCAGACCAACAUGAUCAGCGCUCUGCUGGUUUUGCUUCAGGACAGCUUGGUCACGACAGCUGGUCCCCCCAUGUUCUCUGAACUAGUCAUGAAGUGUCUGUGGAGGAUGAUCCGCUUCCUCCCAGAGACCAUCAACAGUAUCAACCUUGAUCGGAUCUUGCUGGACGUCCACAACUUUAUGAAGGUUUUCCCCAAAGAGAAGCUCAAGCAGCUCAAGAGUGACGUCCCCCACAGAACCCUUAAGACUCUGCUACACACACUCUGCAAGCUGACCGGGGCCAAGAUCCUGGACCACCUAUCAAUGAUAGAGAAUCGUAAUGAGUCAGAGUUGGAGGCCCAUCUGAGGCGGGUGGUCAAACACUCUGGAAACCUGUCAGGACUCAAGAGCGACCGCGGCAACGAGAAGACUGGCAUGCGCACGGAGGAUCGAAUGUCAAAGGCUAAGGUCAGUGACAUUCUGUCUGAAAUUUUUAAGAAGAUCGGCUCCAAGGAGAACACUAAGGAGGGUUUGACGGAGUUGUACGAGUACAAACAGAAGUACUCGGAUGCAGACCUGGAGCCCUUCCUCAAAAACACGUCCCAGUUCUUCCAGAGCUACGUGGAGCGAGGCCUUCGUUUGAUCGAGUCCGAGAGAGAGGGCAAGGCUCGCAUCCAGACCUCAGCAGUGAUCCCGCAGCAUGGGGUGGAGUCCAGUCUGAGUAGCAACAAUGAAGAGUUGAAACCGGCUGUUUACUAUGAGAGACUGAAGAUCCUCAGACAGAGACAAGGCCUGGAAAACACCUCCAGGCAGGGUCUCGGAGGAAGCGAGGACGAGCCUCAGCAGCGACCUCCCAUCUCCUCCCUGCUGUCCUCGAAGCCGUCGGUGGCCUCCUCCACCGACAUGCUCCACAGUAAGCUGUCUCAGCUCAAAGAGUCCCGAGAGCUGUACCAGCAGGAACACAACGCACACUCCCACUCCCCGACGCAUGCACACACCCGCUCCGCCUCGCCGGCGGCCAACCUGGACGACCUGAAGAAACGUCUGGAGAGAAUAAAGAGCAACCGGCAGUAAGGAGCACCACGCCACCACCUCAUCUCAUCCGCAAAGCCUGUGGAGUUCAGCUGGUAGAAAAUGCGACAUCCUACUUUUUAAACUCACUCUGUGUCUCUGUUCAUGUUCUGGUAGAUGGAAAUAGAAAGCACUUUGACACUAAGGUCCACCCCUGUGUAUCAAUAAACCAGGUAGCAACAGACAAAUACACCCUCAAGUUUGAACCUGACUCCACCCACUGUGCCUGUAAGAUAUUAGAAAUCAAACACACCCUAAUCUGAUUGUAGUUGAGUACAUUCAGAUUGAACUAAGGCUGUGACUGGGACUUCCAGCCUUUGCACACACACACACACACAUACCAGACACGAUCAAAGUCUUUUAGCUACUAUUUUGACUUAUCUGAAAGCUAUUGAGGCAUCAAGUCCUUUUUUGAUUUGAAGUGUCAACCAUCAGGGCCAAAAAAAUAAAUAAAAAAUAAAUAAAAAUGAAAGGCUGAAUCCAGAGUCCAGGAGUGACUUUUGAUGUUGUGUGUAAAGGAUCACAUAGUCAGCUGUAGUUCUCAGUCUGUACAGUUUCAUCCUAAUGGACAAACUACCACACCCAGCCACCAACCCCACCCUCCUGUCCUUUCCUAGCCUCAUUUUUGAGGGUGCCCCCCACCCUCCGCUCUCCUGUGUACACUUUUCACUGUAUUAUAAUAAUUGAAUAGUGAACUUACCAUCCUCCCUUCUCUGUUUUAGUAUCACGGCACAAGAUGUUUGUACAUAUUUAAAAGUUGUUAACCACUUAACUGUUAUGAAGCGCUUCUCAUGUGGUUGCAGGAAAAAAACAAGUGUAAAGAAACAUUGUUUCUUCCUGUUUAAACUGUGCGUCACUGCUGCUGUGUUUGGAUGGAGAAGCACUGCUGUUAAGAGCUGAAGUCAAAUUUGCAUCUGUGUAAAUGCAGUGUGAGACUGCCCCCCUGUGGCCGAACAGUGUCAUAGUGUCAGUGUGUAAACCAGUGAUUUCAGUUGAAGUCCUGUUUGUAUUGGGAGUUUCCAGUGAUUUAUAAUAAUUGAAGCAAGUCCACAUUUGCUGUGUCAGUAGAAUAAAAAUUCCAAAUUAGUGACUGAUGUUGGGUGAUGAGGCUAAAAGCUGAUGUUUCUUUCAAAAAAAAAAAAAUUCAAAAUUUACGCUGCAACUCUAGGGCCACAACAUAAGUAGAACUGCAUUUACACAGCGGCAUCAAGCCCUCUGUCUUUUUUCUACCUCUGAUGGGGUUCAAACUGACGAGGCCCUGAAUGCUGAUGUAGAAGGAAGCGUUUUGUCGGUUUUAACCAGGUGUUUGUUCAGCGUCACAUAGGGAAUCUGCUCAGCUUUCUUCUGAAAGUGUUUUGUGGCCUUCUGGUAAGCAUUUGUUUGAAGUCAGUGGUUUUCAAUCCUCUGAUUAAAGAGGGCUAAAAGUUUUCAGGUUCUUCCUCCAGCCACGCUCAAAAUGAUCUGUGUUUGGUUGCGAUUAAAACCUGCAAACUUAAGGUGGUACAGGGUUAAAAACUACUGCUUUUAUUGUGGAGAAGUGGCACGAGUUAGCACAUCCUGACAUUGCUUUUCAGCCAAUCGGGAGUGAGAAUCUGUCCCUCCAUCACCCAGCUGAUUCAGAAAGGAAGUUGGGACCAAGCAGAGCUGCGUUUCAGUUGUGUGUUGGAUUGUGCUGUGGGUUGACCUUUGGCUGUAAAUACUGUAUGUAACGUCCUCCAUUAACACCUCCCUUCAGUUAUUUAACAGCAGCCACUCUGUUGUGUUUGUAGGCUUGAAGAGCAUGGCAUGAAGUCUGUGAUUGUUUUUAUUUUCUCAUGUAAAUAAAGUUUACAUUAAUAAAGCCGCUGUUUAAUUAAGUCAAUGUUUUUCUGAUGAGGCUGAUGAUUAUGAAGAUGAUGGCUGUCAGUCUUCUGUUCUGUAGCCAAGUGUUGAGUAAAGAAAAACAUAAAUAACAUGUUUUUGUAUUUAAUUCAAAUGUCAGUAACUAGUCUUACAUUGUUGCUCUCCAGCUUUCCUUGUAUAAUCCAUAGUGAAAGAAUGGCAAUAAAGUCUUGUUUUUUUUUAACAAUC